AUGUCAUUCAUAUAUAGAAAGGCCGCAUCUAUGUUAUCAAAGUGUUGCCAAGGGAGAGGUAUCAAAGAAAUUCUUUAUGAAAAAGAUGACCCGUCCAAAAAAAAGAUACAUUACCUGAUAUAUAAAACCCUAGAAGAUUUGAAUAUUCUAAAUGAUAUAUACAAUUUGUAUUUAAAGAAGAUAUGUAAAAAUAAAUACCUAGGGCUUAUACUCUUAAGCGUCUUAGUGCACAGAAAAAAAAUCGACGGAGGAGGAAUUAUAAAAAAAGAAAUUAAAAAGAAGGAAAAAGAUAUUUUAAAAUAUUACGAAGAAUAUAAAGGUUGUUUUAAUCAUGAUGAAAAAUUAAAUGAUGAAAUGAUAAAGAAAUAUUUUAUUAUAUAUGAUGAAAAAUAUGAAGAUGAUAAUAUCCAUAUAGAUAAUACAAAAUGCUUUGAGAAUAUACAAAAUAAAAUAGAUUUACAAAGAGAGUCAACAUUAUUUAAUAAUGAUAUUAAUAAGAAUAGAUUUGAAAAUAUUAUAAAUAGACUUAUAAAAGAAAAUAUACAUAUCGAAAUUGAUGAUGAUGUUGAAUACUUAUAUAAAAUUAACAACAAAGAUGUUUAUAAACUUAUAAAUAAUAUUAUAUAUAAAGAAAAUAAAAUAAGAAUAAUAGAUAAAACAUCAUGUCUAGUUGUGCAAGCAGCAAAUAUUAAAAAAGGUAUGAUCAUAGUUGAUGUUUGUUCUUCACCUGGAAGUAAAGCGAUUUUUUCUCUUUCUCUUUUAAAAAAAAAAGGAUAUUUGAUAUGCAUUGAAAAAGAUAAAAAAAGAUGCUAUACUUUAUUAAAUGAACUUUUAAAAAAUAAAGAAUAUGUGGGUUUAUAUAUGAAUGAAAAUUUUGAUGAUAAUCAAAAGAUAACACUUAAUAAAACAAAUUUUUUUCAUAAUGAAAAAGAAAAUAAAAAACAAAAUAAAGAUAAAAAUAAAAGUGAAUAUAAAAAUAUAAAUAUACAAAAAAAUGUAUAUUAUAUACAACACAUAAAUAAAGAAUUGUUUAUAAAAAUAUAUAACUGUGAUUUUUUUAAUUUGACAAGUCAAGAUUUUUCCACAUUUCAAAACAUAGAUGCUGUGUUUAUUGAUCCAUCAUGUUCUUCUAGUGGUAUGCCAGAUUUUAUAUACAAAAGUAAUAUGAUGAAUAUGUAUCUCCAUGAUAAUGAAGAUAAUCUCAAAAAAAAUAAAAAUAAAAAUAAAUAUAAUAGCAACGGUAACAAUAAUAGUAACAAUAAUAGUAAUAAUAAUAAUAAUAAAUAUAAAUUAUCAACAUCUUAUAAUAAUGACAACAUUACAUCUAAUAAUAACACAUUAGAUGAAAAUAAAACUUAUUCUAUUAACGAUGAUAUUUUAAAAGGUAACAUUCCAAGGGUACCUACUUGUUUUAUAAAUAAAGUUAAAAAAUUAUCAGAAUUUCAAAAAAAUAUAUUAUCACAUGCAAUAAAUAUUUUUAAAACAGCUAAAGUUUUUAUUUAUUCAACGUGUUCAUUUUUUGAAGAAGAAAACGAACAAGUCAUACAAUACGUUCUAGAAAGGUAUCCUAAUAUUAAAUUAUUAAAUGCUGGUAAAGAGAAAUUUCUUUUUAGAAAUGGUAAUUAUGUGUUCUCAAAUAAAUGUGUCCGAACCUUUCCAUUAAUACAUUCAUGUAGGGGCAUAUUUAUUUCGAAGAUGAGUCUAGGUCUCUAA